CGCUUGGCGAAAGAAGGGACGACGAGCAUCAUGUCCACGCCAUCCAGCGACGAUCCGGGCGCGUUCUUUGCCGCCGCCAGGACCGGCGAUGUUAGCACCCUCGCGGCCUGCUUGGUCAAUGGAUCGUGCAACCCCAACGCGCGCACGGCCACCGGCUGGACAGCGCUGCAUUUUGCCGUCUUCUACGGCAACAUACCCGUCGUCCGUCUCCUUGCCGCGAGCCCGCGCGUCGACGUGAACGCACUCUCUGCAAAAGGCACGUCGCCCAUCACGCUGGCCUUGAAGCAUCAAGGGUCGCACAUGCUCGAGAUCCUCCUCCGCCGGUGA